AGAAUCAUGAACGGUCACAUUUAUGUUGAUGCAUUUUCAUUGCUACUGAACUUCCAUUUGUGGUAUAUUUUGACACCCGUUCGUGUGAAUUUCAUUUGGAGAGACGUAAAAGCAAACAAACUCUUCAUUAUCCUCAUUGAUCAAAAUAGAGAAAAAUUGGUAGCAGUUGUUCCACAACAAAUGAUGCGUUUUGUUUAUGGAGGGAAUCUAUUGGGUGGUGUGUUCUCUUUAAACCAUUUCCAAAUCGAACCAACCUAUGCUGAGUAUCCGAGAUAUUGUUGGAAAAAUCAUCAAAGGCAAGCGAAAAUAUUUCCGUUACUUUGGUUUAAUGCCGUUAACUUCGUUCACUUUAUAUCUCCAAGAUGGCCCUGUUCAAUGGGGACUGUAGAUAAGGGAAACGAAAACUGUGAUGAUUCCCAAAACCCGAUAGAUAUAGAAAAAGAAAAUCGAAAAAGAUACAAUAGAAACUAUUAUGCACGAAAAAAGGAGAAAAACAAAAAGAGAAGAAUAGCUAACGGUGAAGGAUGUAGUCAACCUACAACACUCACAAGUUGCACUAUAAUGGAGACAAACGAAACAAAUAUCAACGAAGAUUCCUCUGUGAGUGUUAUAAGUGCUGCUCAGAGGACGAGUACUUAUAAUAAAGAAUAUUAUCAACGAAGAAAGGAACGAACUAUGAUGACAAAAAGAAGAGUAUACGCCUUUCAGGACGAUCCGUAUGAUUUUGUUUAUGAAAAUAUCCGUAUGGAACAUCGUAUAUUAAAGGCUCAAAACCCUUGUGUUUAUUGUGGAGCAAAGCGACUACAAUAUGAAUUCCCUACCUUUUGUUGCAUGAGUGGGAAGACAAAACUGGCACACUCCCCUAUUCCCACAGAGUUGCACCAACUCUUCACAAGGCAAGAGCAGCUAGAAGAAAGCUUCAGGGAUGGUAAAUCGAGGUAUUUACAGUUGUAUUUUUAUGACGGUGAAGCUGAAAUAUCACAAAGAUCCUCCUGGAAGAAUGUUGAUAGAAGAAUCAUCCAAAAACUAACACGUAUUCUAGCUUCGAAUCCGUACGUUAGAACAUUUAAACAACUUUCUGAUCUAGGACCGCUUGAUAAUUAUAGAGUGACUUUGAAUGCAUCGGUGGAGCUUGACCAAAGGGUGUACAAUAAGCCUACCACAUCUGAGGUGUGA